UGCGGAUGUGCAGUGUGUGUGUGUGGGAUUUUGAGGACACGUAGUAGUGUGAUUGCGCAACGGCGUAACGACGGUUAUUAAUUAAAACAAUGCAAUGCGUCGUAACGAGACAGGAAGAUGGACAGACAGACAGACGGAGAGACAGACAAACAGACAGACAGCUUUGAAUCAGACUGUAAAAGUGUAGCAACAAACAAUAAAAUUAGACUAAGCAAUUGUGCGACGAUUACUGGAUGAAACAGACAGACAAACAGACAAACAAACGAACAAACAGACAGACAGACGAGCAGACCAAACAGUUUAAGGUGCACUACACUAAACACUACACAUUUACUUUCAAUUACCGUCACGUGACAUAGAGACAGUCACGUGCAUUCCCGGCAUGUGGCUGCUCUCCUUCAUCAGCUACGUCGCCAACACGAGCGUCAUCGUUCUCUCGUUUGUCAACAAGUUGCCACAGAUACUCGCCAUUUUAAGAGCCAAAAAUGCGAAGGGACUCUCAUCACUCUCCAGCGUCCUCAUUCUUGUUUGCUAUACUACGAUGUCGAGCUAUGGAUUUGCGAAUGGGUUUGCGUUGAAGAACUACGUGGAAUCUGUUUUUCUGGCUGUGCAAGAAAUCAUCCUACUAUCACUCGUCCUAUUCUAUCAACAAACUCGACAUUUAAAAUUACUCAUUCUUGCAAUAAUCAUCUACGUCACUUUCGUGAUUGGCAUCCUAAUGGCCAUCGUUCCUAUGAGACUCCUUGAACUAAUGCUUAUGUUGACAAUGCCGAUUGGAUCGUGGAGCAAAGUGCUGCAGAUAUGGAAGAUCUAUGAUGAAGGACAUCCUGGUCAAGUGAGUGCAGCCACAUGGUCAGUGUCAGCAUACGGUUGUCUCGUCAGAGUCGUCACGUCAAUAUUUGAGACACAGAAUAGACUCCUGCUGGCGACAUAUUUUCUUGCAUUGACACUCAAUACAACGAUAGUAGUCGAGACACUCUAUUAUCGCAGAUACCCGAAAAUAAGCAAGCGAGUCGAGUAGAAAUCAGGAAUUGUAUAUACGAGGUGAAUAGACUUAGCUGCAGUACAGUAUGUAAUCACUGUGGGCAUCCAAUAUUGUAUUGUUGGCAUGUUGUAUGUAGUCUGUGUGUCGAGUGGGGUGUGUGUGUGUAUGUCAACUGGGUCAGAGAAGGGAGCAGGAUAUAUGAUGGGAAGGUGUGUGGAUAGUGUUAGAUCGAUGUCGAAUGUCUCAUAUUGUGUUGAUGUUUAGCGUUGUUGUUGUCUGUUCUAUCUGUCUGUUUGU